AUGGACAGCCAGAAGCCGUCUGGUGAGGAUAAAGAUUCAGAACCAGCAGCUGAUGGACCUGCAGCCUCUGAGGAAUCAGGUGCCACUGAGCCAGACCUUUCCAACACACAUGUGGUGGAGGUCUCUGUCCCCAGUUCUGGGGGUCCCAGGCUCCGGGAACCAUCCCAGGACUGCAGUGAGGGUCCAGUGCGGCGUUGUGCUCUUUGUAACUGUGGGGAGCCCAGUUUGCAUGGGCAGCGAGAACUACGGCGCUUUGAGUUGCCAUUUGACUGGCCACGGUGUCCAGUGGUGUCGCCAGGGGGGGACCCAGGGACCGAUGAAGCAGCAUUGCCCAGUGAAGACCUGUCACAGAUUGGUUUCCCUGAAGGCCUGACACCUGCUCAUCUAGGAGAACCUGGAGGGCCCUGCUGGGCUCACCAUUGGUGUGCUGCGUGGUCAGCAGGCGUCUGGGGACAGGAGGGCCCAGAACUAUGUGGUGUGGACAAGGCCAUCUUCUCAGGGAUCUCACAGCGCUGCUCCCACUGCACCAGGCUCGGUGCCUCCAUCCCUUGCCGCUCACCCGGAUGUUCACGGCUUUACCACUUCCCCUGCGCGACUGCCAGCGGUUCCUUCUUAUCCAUGAAGACACUGCAGCUGCUAUGCCCAGAGCACAGUGAGGGGGCCGCACACCUGGAGGAGGCUCGUUGUGCAGUGUGUGAGGGGCCAGGGGAAUUGUGUGACCUGUUCUUCUGUACCAGCUGUGGGCAUCACUAUCACGGGGCCUGCCUGGAUACUGCUCUGACUGCCCGUAAGCGUGCUGGCUGGCAGUGCCCUGAAUGCAAAGUGUGCCAAGCCUGCAGGAAACCUGGGAAUGACUCUAAGAUGUUGGUGUGUGAGACAUGUGACAAAGGAUACCAUACCUUCUGCCUAAAACCACCCAUGGAGGAACUGCCUGCUCACUCUUGGAAGUGUAAGGCGUGCCGGGUAUGCCGGGUCUGUGGGGCAGGCUCAGCUGAGCUGAGUCCGAGCUCAGAAUGGUUUGAGAACUACUCACUCUGUCACCGCUGUCACAAAGCCCAGGGAGGUCAGCCUGUUGGUCCUGUUGCGGAGCAGCAUCCCCUUGUCUGUAGCCGAUUGUCAUCCCCAGAGCCUGGUGAUACCCCCACUGCUGAGCCCAACGCUUUGUACAUUGCAUGCCAAGGGCAGCCAAAGGGUGGGCAUGCGACCUCUAUGCAAUCCAAGGAACCGGGGCCCCUGCAAUGUGAAGCUAAACCACUAGGGAGAACAGGGGCCCAACUUGAGCCCCAGUUGGAGGCCCCCCUAAAUGAGGAGAUGCCACUGCUGCCCCCACCUGAGGAGUCACCCCUGUCCCCACCACCAGAGGAAUUACCCACAUCCCCACCGCCUGAGGCAUCGCGCCUGUCCCCACCGCCUGAGGAAUCACCCCUCUCUCCACCGCCUGAAGAGUCUCCUCUGUCUCCUCUACCUGCAUCAUCACCCCUUUCUCCACUUGAGGAGUCACCUUUCUCUCCACCAGAGGUGUCUCCUCCAUCCCCCCCAGUUGAGACAGCCCUGUCCCCACCACCUGAAGCAUCCCCCCUGUCCCCACCAUUUGAGGAGUCUCCUCUGUCCCCCCCACCUGAGGAAUUGCCUACUUCCCCACCCCCUGAAGCAUCUCGCAUCUUUCCACCUCCUGAGGAGUCACCCAUGUCUCCUCCACCUGAAGAAUCACCCAUGUCUCCACCACCUGAGGCAUCUCGUCUCUUCCCACCAUUUGAAGAAUCUCCUCUCUCCCCUCCACCUGAGGAGUCUCCUCUCUCCCCACCACCUGAGGCAUCACGUCUGUCCCCACCACCUGAGGACUCUCCCAUGUCCCCACCACCUGAAGACUCACCUAUGUCCCCCCCACCUGAGGUGUCAUGCCGGUCCCCCCUGCCUGAGGUGUCACGCCUGUCUCCACCACCUGAGGAAUCGCCCCUGUCCCCACCACCUGAGGAAUCUCCCACAUCCCCUCCACCUGAGGCUUCGCGCCUGUCCCCGCCACCUGAGGACUCACCCACGUCCCUGCCACAUGAAGACUCACCUGCUUCCUCACCACCAGAGGACUUACUCACGUCCCUGCCACUGGAAGAGUCACCUCUGUUGCCACUGCUUGAGGAGCCGCGUCUCUGCCUGCGGCCUGAGGAGCUGCACCUGUCUCCUACACCUGAAGAGCUGCGCCUGUUCCCCGCAUCUGAGGAGCCGCGCCUGUCCCCUGCGCCCAAGGAGCCGCGCCUGUCCCCCGCACCCGAGGAGCCAUGCCUGUCCCCCGCGCCCAAGGAGCCGCAUCUGUCCCCCGUGCCCGAGGAGCCGCACCUGUCCCCUGUGACUGAGGAGCUGAAUCUUUCCCCUCGGCCGGAGGAGUUGUGUCUGUCCCCUCAGCCUGAAGAGCCUCACCUGUCCCCUGUAUCUGAGGAGCCAUGCCUGUCCACUGUACCUAAAGAGCCACACUUGUCCCCCCAGCCUAAGGAGCCCCUUCCAGGCUCAUGCCCUGCAUCUGAGGAGUUGCCCUUGUUACCCCCUCCUGGGAAACCACCAUCAUCUCCUUUGCUUGGAGAGUCUGCCCUGUCUGAGCCUGGGGAGCCACCUCUGUCCCCUCUACCUGAGGAUCUGCCUAUGUCCCCUUCUGGGGAGCCAUCCUUGUCACCUCAGCUAAUACCAUCAGAUCCUCUUCCUCCUCCACUCUCACCCAUUAUCCCAGCAACGGCCCCACCAGCCCUGUCUCCUUUGGGAGAGUUAGAGUACCCCUUUGGUGCCAAAGGAGACAGUGACUCUGAGUCACCAUUGGCUGCCCCCAUCCUAGAGACACCCAUCAGCCCGCCACCGGAAGCAAAUUGCACUGAUCCUGAACCUGUACCGCCAAUGAUCCUUCCCCCAUCUCCAAGCUCCCCAAUGGGACCGGCUUCUCCCAUCCUGAUGGAGUCCCUUCCUCCUCAGUGCUCUCCACUCCUCCAGCAUCCCCUGCCUCCCCAAAGCUCCCCUCCUUCCCAGUGCUCGCCUCCUGCUCUGCCACUGUCUAUCCCCUCCCCACUGAGUCCCAUGGAGAAGACUGUGGAGGUCUUAGAUAAGGCUGAGCCAUACGAGAUGGAGAUUGAGAAGAUCCCGGAACCUGAGUGCCCAGCCUUGGAGCCCAGCCCUACCAGCCCUCUCCCCUCUCCCAUGGGAGACCUUUCCUGCCCUGCACCCAGCCCUGCCCCAGUGCUAGAUGACUUCUCUGGCCUGGGGGAAGACACAGCCCCUCUGGAUGGGACUGAUGUUCCUGGCUCACAGCCAGAAGCUGGACAGACCCCUGGUAGUUCAAUGGCUUGUGAACUUAAGGGUUCCCCCGUGCUCCUGGACACCGAGGAGCUGGCCCCUGUGACCCCUAUGGAGGUCUAUGGCCCAGAAUGCAAGCAGGCAGGGCAGAGCUCCCCCUGUGAGAUGCAGGAGGAGCCACGUGCACCCGUGGCCCCCACCCCUCCAGCUCUCAUCAAAUCCGACAUCGUUAAUGAGAUCUCCAAUCUGAGUCAGGGUGAUGCCAGUGCUAGUUUUCCUGGCUCAGAGCCCUUGCUGGGAUCUCCUGACCCCGAGGGGGGUGGCUCCCUGUCCAUGGAGCUGGGAGUAUCUACAGAUGUUAGCCCAGCCCGAGAUGAGGGCUCUUUGCGGCUCUGUACUGACUCGCUGCCAGAGACUGAUGACUCGCUAUUGUGUGAAGCUGGGACAACUGUCAGCGGAGGCAAAGCUGAGGGGGACAAGGGGAGGCGGCGCAGUUCCCCUGCCCGUUCCCGCAUCAAGCAGGGGCGAAGCAGUAGUUUCCCAGGAAGACGCCGGCCGCGUGGAGGAGCACAUGGAGGACGUGGGAGAGGACGGGCCCGGCUAAAAUCAACUACUUCUUCCAUUGAGACUCUGGUAGUUGCUGAUAUCGAUAGCUCUCCCAGCAAGGAGGAAGAAGAAGAAGAUGAUGACACCAUGCAAAAUACCGUGGUUCUCUUCUCCAACACGGACAAAUUUGUCCUAAUGCAGGAUAUGUGUGUGGUAUGUGGCAGCUUUGGCCGGGGUGCAGAGGGCCACCUCCUUGCCUGUUCCCAGUGUUCCCAGUGCUAUCAUCCUUACUGUGUUAACAGCAAGAUCACCAAAGUGAUGCUGCUGAAGGGCUGGAGGUGCGUGGAGUGUAUUGUGUGUGAGGUGUGCGGCCAGGCCUCUGACCCCUCACGCUUGCUGCUCUGUGAUGACUGUGACAUUAGCUACCACACAUACUGCCUGGACCCCCCACUGCUCACCGUGCCCAAAGGUGGCUGGAAGUGCAAGUGGUGUGUCUCCUGUAUGCAGUGUGGGGCUGCUUCCCCUGGCUUCCACUGCGAGUGGCAGAAUAGUUACACACACUGUGGACCCUGUGCUAGCCUGGUGACUUGUCCUGUCUGUCAUGCCCCAUACGUGGAAGAGGACCUGCUAAUCCAGUGUCGCCACUGUGAACGGUGGAUGCAUGCUGGCUGUGAGAGUCUCUUCACAGAGGAAGAGGUGGAGCAGGCUGCAGAUGACGGUUUUGACUGUGUCUCCUGCCAGCCCUAUGUGAUAAAGCCUGCAGCACCUGUUGCACCUCCAGAGUUGGUACCUAUGAAGGUGAAAGAGCCAGAGCCUCAGUACUUUCGUUUUGAGGGUGUAUGGCUGACAGAAACUGGCAUGGCUGUGCUGCGUAACCUGACCAUGUCACCUCUACACAAGAGGCGCCAGCGGAAGGGACGGCUAGGCCUUCCAGGCGAGGGUGGGCUGGAAGGUUCUGAGCCCUCAGAUGCCACUGGCCCUGAUGACAAGAAGGAUGGGGACCUGGACGCUGAUGAGCUUAUCAAGGGUGAAGGUGGUGUGGAACACAUGGAGUGCGAAAUUAAAUUGGAGGGUCCCGGAAGCCCUGAGGCGGAGCCUGGCAAGGAGGAGACUGAGGAAAGCAAAAAACGCAAGCGCAAACCAUAUCGGCCUGGCAUUGGUGGCUUUAUGGUGCGACAGCGAAAGUCCCACACACGUGUGAAAAAGGGCCCUGCGGCCCAGGCGGAAGUGUUGAGUGGUGAUGGGCAGCCUGAUGAGGUGAUGCCUGUUGACCUGCCUGCAGAGGGCUCCGUGGAGCAGAGCUUAGCUGAUGGGGAUGAGAAGAAAAAGCAGCAGCGACGAGGGCGCAAGAAGAGCAAAUUAGAGGACAUGUUCCCUGCUUACCUGCAGGAAGCCUUCUUUGGGAAGGAGCUGCUGGACCUGAGCCGUAAGGCCCUUUUUGCUGUUGGGGUGGGCCGGUCAACCUUUGGACUAGGAAUUCCAAAAACCAAGGGAGAUGGAUGCCCAGAAAGGAAGGAGCCCCCCACCUUGCAGAAAGGAGAUGAUGGUCCAGAUGUUGCAGAUGAAGAAUCACGUGGCCUCGAGGGCAAAGCUGAUACACCAGGACCUGAGGAUGGGGGCGUAAAGGCAUCCCCAGUGCCCAGUGAUCCCGAGAAGCCAGGCACCCCUGGUGAAGGGAUGCUUAGCUCUGAUUUAGACAGGAUCCCCACAGAAGAAUUGCCCAAGAUGGAAUCCAAAGACCUGCAGCAGCUCUUCAAGGAUGUUCUGGGUUCCGAACGAGAGCAGCAUCUAGGUUGUGGAACCCCUGGCCUGGAUGGCAGCCGCACACCCCUGCAGAGGCCCUUUGUCCAAAGUGGACUUCCUUUGGGUAAUAUCCCUUCCAACAGCCCGAUGGACUCCUACCCUGGCCUCUGCCAGUCUCCAUUCCUGGAUAGUAGGGAGCGCGGGGGCUUCUUUAGCCCGGAACCCGGUGAGCCAGACAGCCCGUGGACGGGUUCAGGGGGCACCACACCCUCCACUCCUACCACCCCCACCACAGAGGGUGAGGGCGAUGGGCUCUCCUAUAACCAGCGGAGUCUUCAGCGAUGGGAGAAAGACGAGGAAUUGGGCCAGCUCUCCACCAUCUCGCCUGUGCUCUAUGCCAACAUUAACUUUCCCAAUCUCAAGCAAGAUUACCCAGACUGGUCUAGUCGAUGCAAACAAAUCAUGAAGCUUUGGAGAAAGGUUCCAGCUGCUGACAAAGCCCCCUACCUGCAAAAGGCCAAAGAUAACCGGGCGGCUCACCGCAUUAACAAGGUGCAGAAGCAGGCUGAGAGCCAGAUCAACAAGCAGACCAAGGUGGGCGACACAGCCCGUAAGACUGACCGACCGGCCCUACAUCUCCGCAUUCCCCCCCAGCCAGGGGCACUGGGCAGUCCGCCCCCUGCUGCUGCCCCCACCAUUUUCAUUGGCAGUCCCACUACCCCCGCUGGCUUGUCUACCUCUGCGGACGGGUUCCUGAAGCCACCGGCAGGCACAGUGCCCGGCCCCGACUCGCCCGGUGAGCUCUUCCUCAAGCUCCCGCCCCAGGUGCCCGCCCAAGUGCCUUCGCAGGACCCCUUUGGACUGGCCCCCACCUACGCCCUGGAACCCCGCUUCCCCACAGCACCACCUGCCUAUGCCCCCUAUCCUAGCCCGACUGGGGCCCCUGCACAGCCCCCGACGAUGGGCACCUCAUCUCGUCCUGGGACUGGUCAGCCAGGGGAAUUCCACACGACUCCACCCGGCACUCCCCGACACCAGCCUUCCACACCUGAUCCCUUCCUCAAACCCCGCUGCCCCUCAAUGGACAACCUGGCUGUGCCUGAGAGCCCAGGGGUAGGGGUAGGCAAGGCUUCUGAGCCCCUGCUCUCACCCCCGUCUUUUGGGGAGUCCCGGAAGGCACUAGAGGUGAAGAAGGAAGAGCUUGGGGCAGCCUCUCCUAGCUAUGGGCCCCCAAACCUGGGUUUUGUUGACUCACCCUCCUCAGGCCCCCACCUAGGUGGCCUGGAAUUAAAGGCACCUGAUGUCUUCAAAGCCCCUCUUACCCCUCGGGCAUCUCAGGUAGAGCCCCAGAGCCCGGGCUUAGGCCUACGACCCCAGGAGCCGCCCCCUGCCCAGACUUUGGCCCCUUCUCCCCCAAGCCACCCGGACGUCUUUCGCCCUGGCUCUUACCCUGACCCCUAUGCCCAGCCCCCACUGACUCCUCGGCCCCAGCCACCACCUCCUGAGAGCUGUUGUGCCCUGCCCCCUCGCUCCCUGCCCUCUGACCCUUUCUCCCGAGUUCCUGCGAGUCCUCAGUCCCAGUCCAGUUCCCAGUCUCCAUUGACACCCCGUCCUCUGUCUGCUGAGGCUUUCUGUCCUUCCCCUGUUACCCCUCGCUUCCAGUCCCCUGACCCUUAUUCUCGCCCACCCUCACGCCCUCAGUCCCGUGACCCAUUUGCUCCAUUGCAUAAGCCACCCCGACCCCAACCCCCUGAAGUUGCCUUCAAGGCUGGACCUCUAGCCCACACUCCGCUGGGGGCUGGGGGCUUCCCAGCAGCCCUGCCUUCAGGGCCAGCAGGUGAGCUCCAUGCCAAGGUCCCAAGUGGGCAGCCCCCUAAUUUUGCCCGGUCUCCUGGGACAGGUGCAUUUGUGGGCACCCCCUCUCCGAUGCGUUUCACUUUCCCUCAGGCAGUAGGGGAGCCUUCCCUAAAGCCCCCUGUCCCUCAGCCUGGCCUCCCCCCACCCCAUGGGAUCAAUAGCCAUUUGGGACCUGGAACCACCUUGGGCAAGCCCCAAAGCACAAGCUACGCAGUAGCCACGGGGAACUUCCACACAUCAGGCAGCCCCUUAGGGCCCAGCAGUGGGUCCACAGGAGAGGGCUAUGGGCUGUCCCCACUACGCCCCCCGUCAGUCCUGCCACCACCUACACCCGAUGGAUCCCUUCCCUACCUGUCCCAUGGAGUCUCACAGCGGGCAGGGAUCACCUCUCCAGCUGAGAAACGAGAAGACCCAGGGGCUGGAAUGGGCAGCUCCCUAGCAGCACCUGAACUCCCAGGUAGUCAGGAUCCCAGCGUGCCCAGUCUCAGCCAGACAGAACUGGAGAAGCAACGGCAGCGCCAGCGACUGCGGGAGCUGCUGAUUCGGCAGCAGAUCCAGCGCAACACCCUGCGGCAGGAGAAGGAAACAGCUGCAGCCGCUGCAGGAGCAGUGGGGCCCCCAGGCAGCUGGGGUGCAGAUCCCAGCAGUCCUGCCUUUGAGCAGCUGAGUCGAAGCCAAACUCCCUUCGCUGGGACCCAGGACAAGAGCAGCCUUGUGGGACUGCCCCAGAGCAAGCUAGGUGGCCCUGUCUUGGGGCCAGGGGCCUUCCCCAGUGAUGACCGACUUUCCCGGCCACCUCCACCAGCCACCCCUUCCUCUAUGGAUGUGAACAGCCGGCAACUGGUAGGAGGCUCCCAAGCCUUCUAUCAGCGAGCUCCCUACCCUGGGCCCCUGCCCUUACAACAACAGCAGCAGCAGCAACUGUGGCAGCAACAGCAGCAGCAGCAGCAGCAGCAGCAGGUCACAGCAACAACCUCCAUGAGACUUGCAAUGUCCACUCGCUUCCCGUCAACUCCUGGGCCUGAACUUGGCCGCCAAACCCUAGGUUCUCCCUUGACAGGAGUUCCCACCCGCUUGCCUGGACCCGGUGAGCCAGUGCCUGGUCCAUCUGGUCCGGCCCAGUUUAUUGAGUUGCGGCACAAUGUGCAGAAAGGACUAGGACCUGGGGGGCCUCCAUUCCCUGGCCAGGGGCCCCCUCAGAGGCCCCGUUUUUAUGCUGUAAAUGAAGACCCUCACCGCCUGGCUCCUGAAGGACUUCGUGGCCUGGCAGUAUCCGGGCUUCCUCCACAGAAACCCUCAGCCCCAUCAGUCACUGAAUUGAACAAUAGCCUCCAUCCCACGCCCCACACCAAGGGCCCCACCCUGUCCUCUGGCUUGGAGCUGGUUAACCGGCCCCCUUCGAACACUGAACUGAGCCGUCCCCCUCCUCUGGCCCUGGAAGCUGGAAAGCUACCUUGUGAGGAUUCUGAGCUGGACGAUGACUUUGAUGCCCACAAGGCCCUAGAGGAUGAUGAGGAGCUUGCUCACCUGGGCUUGGGAGUGGAUGUGGCCAAGGGUGAUGAUGAACUCGGCACCCUGGAAAACCUGGAGACUAAUGACCCCCAUCUAGAUGACCUGCUCAAUGGAGAUGAGUUUGACCUACUAGCCUAUACGGACCCUGAGCUGGACACUGGGGACAAGAAGGACAUUUUCAAUGAGCAUCUGAGGCUGGUAGAGUCAGCCAACGAGAAGGCUGAGCGAGAGGCCCUGCUACGGGUGGUGGAGCCAGGACCCAUGGGCCCUGAGGAACGUCCUGCCCCUACCCCUGCUCCUGCUCCUGAUGCCUCUGAGUCCCGUAUGGCACCGGUACUCCCUGAAGUGAAAACCAAGGUGGAGGAGGGUGGGCGCCACCCUUCCCCUUGCCAGUUCACCAUUACCACCCCCAAGGUAGAGCCAGCACCAUCCACCACUCCUCUGUGUCUAGGGCUGAAGCCAGGACAGAGUGUGAUGGGCAGCCGGGACACACGGAUGGGUUCAGGGCCAUUUUCCAGCAGUGGGCACACAGGUGAAAAGGGUCCCUUUGGGGCUACAGGAGGACCACCAGCUCACCUGCUGACCCCCAGUCCAUUGAGUGCUUCAGGAGGGUCUUCUCUGCUAGAAAAGUUUGAGCUGGAGAGUGGAGCCCUUGCCUUGCCCAGUGGACACACAGCACCUGGGGAUGAGCUGGACAAGAUGGAGAGCUCACUGGUGGCCAGUGAGCUGCCCCUGCUCAUUGAGGAUCUUUUGGAGCAUGAGAAGAAGGAACUGCAGAAGAAGCAGCAGCUUUCAGCCCAGCUGCAGCCUGGCCCACAGCAACAGCAGCAGCAUUCCCUACUGUCCACAUCAGGCUCUGCCCAGGCCAGGCCUUUGCCACAUGAGGGCUCUUCUCCCAGUUUGGCUGGACCUCAACAGCAGCUUGCCCUGGGUCUUGGAGGUGCCCGACAGCCAGCCUUGGCCCAACCACUGAUGCCCACCCAGCCACCAGCUCAUUCUCUCCAACAGCGCCUGGCCCCAUCGAUGACCAUGGCACCUAACCAAGGACAUAUGCUAAGUGGACAGCAUGGAGGGCAAGCGGGAUUGGUACCCCAGCAGAACCCACAGUCAGUGCUGACCCAGAAGCCUAUGGGCACUAUGCCACCUUCCAUGUGCAUGAAGCCCCAGCAACUGGCGAUGCAACAGCAGCUGGCUAACAGCUUCUUCCCAGAUACAGACCUGGACAAGUUUGCUGCAGAAGAUAUUAUUGAUCCCAUUGCAAAGGCCAAGAUGGUGGCUUUGAAAGGCAUCAAGAAAGUGAUGGCUCAGGGCAGCAUUGGGGUGGCACCUGGUAUGAAUAGGCAGCAAGUGUCACUGCUAGCUCAGCGGCUCUCAGGGGGGCCUAGCAAUGACCUGCAGAACCAUGUAGCAGCUGGGAGUAGCCAGGAGCGGAGUACCAGUGACCCCUCCCAGCCUCGGCCUAACCCGCCCACUUUUGCUCAGGGGGUGAUCAAUGAAGCUGACCAGCGGCAGUACGAGGAGUGGCUAUUCCACACCCAGCAGCUCCUACAGAUGCAGCUGAAGGUGCUAGAGGAGCAGAUUGGUGUGCACCGAAAGUCACGGAAGGCUCUGUGUGCCAAGCAGCGCACCGCCAAAAAGGCUGGCCGUGAGUUUCCAGAGGCUGACGCUGAGAAGCUCAAGCUAGUCACAGAACAACAGAGCAAGAUCCAGAAACAGCUGGAUCAGGUCCGAAAACAACAGAAGGAGCACACAAAUCUCAUGGCAGAAUAUCGGAAUAAGCAGCAGCAGCAGCAGCAGCAGCAGCAGCAGCAGCAGCAGCAGCAGCAGCACUCAGCUGUGCUGGCCCUGAGCCCUUCCCAGAGUCCCCGACUACUCACCAAGCUCCCUGGUCAGCUGCUCCCAGGCCAUGGGCUGCAGCCACCUCAGGGACCCCUGGGUGGGCAAGCUGGAGGUCUUCGCCUACCCCCUGGGGGCAUGGCAUUAUCUGGACAACCAGGCGGCCCCUUCCUCAAUACGGCCAUGACCCAACAGCAGCAACAGCAACAUUCUGGUGGGGCUGGGGCCCUGGCUGCACCAUCUGGUGGUUUCUUCCCUGGAAACCUUGCUCUUCGGGGCCUGGGACCAGAUUCAAGGAUCUUACAGGAAAGGCAGCUGCAACUACAGCAGCAACGCAUGCAGCUGGCUCAGAAACUGCAGCAGCAGCACCAGCAGCAGCAGCAGCACCAGCACCUUCUAGGACAGGUCCCGCAACAGCAGCAGCAGGGCCCAGGGGUGCAGGUGAACCAGGCCCUGGGUCCUAAGCCCCAGGGACUUCUGCCUCCCAACAGCCAUCAAGGUCUCCUGGUCCAACAGCUGUCCCCGCAGCCACCUCAGGGGCCCCAAGGCAUGCUGGGCCCUGCCCAGGUGGCAGUGUUGCAGCAGCAGCACCAGCAACAGCAGCAUCCUGGAGCUUUGGGACCCCAGGGCCCUCAUAGACAGGUACUUCUGAGCCAGCCUCGGGUGCUGAGUUCCCCCCAGCUGGCACAGCAGGGUCAAGGCCUUAUGGGACAUCGGUUGGUCACAUCCCAGCAGCAGCAGCAACAACAGCAGGGAUCCAUGGCAGGGCUCUCCCAUCUCCAGCAGGGUCUGAUACCACACAGUGGGCAGCAUAAACUUAGCACACAGCCCAUGGGCUCCUUACAACCGCAGCAGCUUCAGCAACACCAGUUUCAACAGCAACAACUUCAACAGCAGCAGCAACUGCAACAACAACAACAACAACUGCAGCAACAACAACUGCAGCAACAACAGCAGCAGCUGCAACAACAGCAGCUGCAACAACAACAGCAGCAAUUACAGCAGCAGCAACUGCAACAGCAGCAGCAGCAGCUGCAUCAACAGCAGCACCAACAGCUGCAUCAGCAGCAGCACCAGGUACAGCAACAGCAGCAACAGCAGCAAAUGGGCCUCUUGAACCAGAGUCGAACUUUACUGUCUCCUCAGCAGCAGCAGCAGCAGCAGCAGGUGACACUAGGCCCUGGCAUGCCAGCCAAGCCUCUUCAACACUAUUCUAGCCCCGGAGCCCUGGGCCCAACCCUCCUCCUGGCGGGCAAGGAACAAGGCAUUGCAGAGACAGCUCUUCCUCCAGAGGUCACUGAGGGACCCUCAACACAUCAGGGAGGCCCAUUAGCAAUAGGGACAACAACUGAAUCAGUGGCCACUGAACCAGGGGAGGUAAAGCCCUCACUCUCUGGGGACUCACAACUCUUGCUAGUUCAACCCCAGGCCCAGCCUCAGCCCAACUCCUUGCAGCUACAGCCACCUCUGAGGCUCCCAGGACAACAACAGCAGCAAGUUAACUUAGUCCACACUGCAGGUGGGGGAAGCCAUGGGCAGAUAAGCAGUGGAUCAUCUUCUGAUGCCUCAUCUAUGCCCCACCUACUGUCCCAACCCUCUGUUUCCUUAGGGGAGCAGUCUGGACCCAUAACCCAGAAUCUUAUGGGUCCCCAGCAUCCCCUUGGGCUAGAGCGACCCAUGCAAAGUAAUGUAGGGCUACAGCCUCCCAAACCAGGACCUGCCCCCCCAUCUGGGCAGGGCCUACCUGGGGCUGGAAGCAUGCCUACAAUGGGUCAGCUUCGAGCACAGCUCCAAGGAGUUCUGGCCAAAAACCCCCAACUGCGGCACUUGAGUCCUCAGCAGCAGCAGCAGCUUCAGGCGCUUCUCAUGCAGCGGCAGCUGCAGCAGAGCCAGAGCCAGGCAGUACGCCAGAGCCCACCCUUCCAGGAGCCUGGGACCCAGCCCUCUCCCCUCCAGGGCCUCCUAGGCCGCCAGCCCCAACUUGGAAGCUUCCCUGGCUCCCAGAUAGGCCCCCUCCAGGAGAUAGGGGCAGGGCCUCGACCUCAGGGCCCACCUCGGCUUCCUGCCCCACAAGGAGCCUUAUCAACAGGACCAGUCCUUGGCCCUGGCCAUCCCACACCUCUACCAUCCAGCCCCCAAGAGCCAAAGAGACCUUCCCCACAAUUACCUUCCCCCAGCUCCCAGCUUCCCUCUGAGGUCCAGCUCACCCCCACCCAGCCAGAGACCCCAAAGCCCCAGGGGCCACCCUUGGAGCUACCUUCUGGUAGGGUCUCACCUGCUGCUGCCCAGCUUGCGGACACCUUCUUUGGCAAGGGGCUGGGACCUUGGGACCCCCCAGAUCAUCUAGCAGAAGCUCAGAAGCCAGAGCAGAGCAACUUGGUACCUGGGCAUCAGGAGCAGGUGAAUGGACAGGCAGUAUCUGAGCCAUCCAAUCUCAGCAUCAAGCAAGAGCCUCGGGAAGAAUCAUGCGCCCUGGGGGCCCAAGCAGUGAAGAGGGAGGCCAAUGGGGAGCCACUAGGGACACCAGGUACCAGCAACCACCUCCUGCUGGCAGGCCCCCGCUCAGAGGCCGGACAUCUGCUCUUGCAGAAGCUUCUACGGGCAAAGAAUGUGCAGCUCAGCACUGGGCGGGGGCCUGAGGGGCUACGAGCUGAGAUCAACGGGCACAUUGACAGCAAGCUGGCUGGGCUGGAGCAGAAACUACAGGGUACCCCCGGCAACAAGGAGGAUGCAGCAGCAAGGAAGCCAUUGACCCCGAAGCCCAAGCGGGUACAGAAGGCAAGCGACAGGUUGGUGAGCUCCCGAAAGAAGCUGCGGAAGGAGGACGGGGUCAGGGCCAGCGAGGCCUUGCUGAAACAGCUGAAACAGGAGCUGUCCCUGCUGCCUCUAACGGAGCCUACCAUCACCGCCAAUUUUAGCCUCUUUGCCCCCUUUGGCAGUGGCUGCUCAGUCAGUGGGCAGAGCCAGCUGAGGGGGACCUUUGGAAGUGGGACACUGCCCACUGGUCCUGACUACUAUUCCCAGCUGCUUACCAAGAAUAACCUGAGUAACCCGCCGACACCACCCUCGUCGCUGCCCCCCACCCCACCCCCAUCGGUGCAGCAGAAGAUGGUGAAUGGCGUCACCCCAUCUGAAGAGCUGGGGGAGCACCCCAAGGAUGCCGCCUCUGCCCGAGAGACUGAAGGGGCACUGAGGGAUGCUUCAGAGGUGAAGAGUCUAGACCUGCUGGCCGCCUUGCCUACACCCCCUCACAAUCAGACUGAGGAUGUCAGGAUGGAGAGUGAUGAGGACAGCGAUUCUCCUGACAGCAUUGUGCCAGCUUCAUCCCCUGAGAGCAUCCUAGGGGAGGAGGCACCUCGUUUCCCUCAUCUAGGAUCAUGCCGGUGGGAGCAGGAUGACCGGGCUCUGUCCCCAGUCAUCCCCAUCAUUCCUCGGGCCACCAUCCCAGUCUUCCCAGAUACGAAACCUUACAGCACGCUGGAUCUGGAGGUCCCUGGAAAGUUGCCUGUCACAACUUGGGAAAAGGGCAAAGGAAGUGAGGUGUCAGUCAUGCUAACAGUCUCUGCUGCUGCAGCCAAGAACCUAAAUGGUGUAAUGGUGGCAGUGGCAGAGUUGCUAAGCAUGAAGAUUCCCAACUCAUAUGAAGUGCUCUUCCCAGAGAGUCCCGCCCGGGCAGGCAUUGAGCCUAAGAAGGGGGAAGCUGAGGGCCCUGGUGGGAAAGAAAAAGGUCUGGGAGUCAAGAGCCCAGAAGCUGGCCCUGAUUGGCUAAAGCAGUUUGAUGCAGUGUUGCCUGGCUAUACCCUCAAGAGCCAGCUUGAUAUCUUGAGCCUCCUAAAACAGGAGAGCCCUGCCCCAGAGCCACCCACCCAGCACAGCUACACCUACAAUGUCUCCAAUCUGGAUGUGCGACAACUCUCAGCCCCACCGCCUGAAGAACCCUCCCCACCCCCCUCACCCUUGGCACCCUCUCCUGCCAGCCCCCCGGCAGAAGCCAUGGUGGAACUCCCGGCCGAGCCCUCGGCUGAGCCACCAGUCCCCUCCCCUCUGCCACUGGCCUCGUCCCCUGAAUCAGCCAAGCCCAAGCCCCGAGCCCGGCCCCCAGAAGAAGGGGAGGAUUCCCGCCCCCCUCGCCUGAAGAAGUGGAAGGGGGUGCGCUGGAAGCGGCUGCGGCUACUCCUGACCAUCCAUAAGGGCAGUGGGCGGCAGGAGGAUGAGCGGGAAGUGGCAGAGUUUAUGGAGCAGCUUGGCACUGCCCUACGACCUGACAAGGUGCCUCGAGACAUGCGGCGCUGCUGCUUCUGCCAUGAGGAGGGUGACGGGGCCACUGAUGGGCCCGCCCGCCUGCUGAACCUGGACCUGGACCUAUGGGUACAUCUCAACUGUGCCCUCUGGUCCACAGAGGUGUAUGAGACCCAGGGCGGGGCGCUGAUGAACGUGGAGGUUGCACUGCACCGGGGGCUGCUCACCAAGUGCUCCCUGUGCCAGCGCACUGGUGCCACCAGCAGCUGCAAUCGCAUGCGUUGCCCCAAUGUCUACCAUUUUGCCUGUGCAAUCCGCGCCAAGUGCAUGUUCUUCAAGGACAAGACCAUGCUCUGUCCAGUGCAUAAGAUCAAGGGGCCUUGCGAGCAGGAGCUGAGCUCGUUCGCAGUCUUCCGGCGGGUCUACAUCGAGCGGGAUGAGGUGAAGCAAAUCGCCAGCAUCAUCCAGCGGGGAGAGCGACUGCACAUGUUCCGUGUGGGAGGCCUUGUAUUCCAUGCCAUCGGGCAGCUGCUCCCUCACCAGAUGGCUGACUUUCACAGUGCCACCGCCCUCUAUCCUGUGGGCUACGAGGCCACACGCAUCUACUGGAGCCUCCGCACCAACAACCGCCGCUGUUGCUACCGCUGCUCCAUCAGCGAGAACAACGGACGGCCAGAGUUCAUAAUCAAAGUCAUCGAGCAGGGCCUGGAAGACCUGGUCUUUACCGACGCCUCUCCACAGGCUGUGUGGAAUCGUAUCAUCGAGCCUGUGGCUGCCAUGAGAAAAGAGGCCGACAUGCUGCGGCUCUUUCCUGAGUACCUGAAAGGCGAAGAGCUCUUUGGCUUGACGGUGCAUGCUGUGCUUCGCAUAGCUGAAUCACUGCCUGGGGUGGAGAGCUGUCAAAACUAUUUAUUCCGCUAUGGGCGCCACCCUCUAAUGGAGCUGCCACUCAUGAUCAACCCCACUGGCUGUGCCCGAUCGGAGCCUAAAAUCCUCACACACUACAAACGGCCCCACACCCUGAACAGCACCAGCAUGUCCAAGGCAUAUCAGAGCACCUUCACAGGCGAAACCAACACCCCAUACAGCAAGCAGUUUGUGCACUCCAAGUCAUCUCAGUACCGGCGGCUGCGCACAGAGUGGAAGAACAAUGUCUAUCUGGCUCGUUCCCGGAUCCAGGGCCUAGGGCUCUAUGCAGCCAAAGACCUAGAGAAGCACACAAUGGUCAUCGAAUACAUUGGCACUAUCAUUCGCAAUGAGGUGGCCAACCGGCGGGAGAAAAUCUAUGAAGAGCAGAACCGAGGCAUCUAUAUGUUCCGGAUAAACAAUGAGCAUGUGAUUGAUGCUACCUUGACCGGAGGCCCUGCCAGGUACAUUAACCAUUCCUGUGCCCCAAAUUGUGUGGCGGAAGUUGUGACAUUUGACAAAGAGGACAAAAUCAUCAUCAUCUCCAGCCGGCGAAUCCCCAAAGGAGAGGAGCUGACCUAUGACUAUCAGUUUGACUUUGAGGACGAUCAGCACAAGAUCCCCUGCCACUGUGGAGCCUGGAAUUGUCGGAAAUGGAUGAACUAA